AUGGACGGAGCCAGCCAGGCACUGGCCUUAGGUGUCCUUCCGUGCGUGUCAAAACCGUUUCGCGCUUUGGCCGAUUAUCGUGGUUCGCUUGAAGAGAAGGCACAGAGCCAACAAUAUCUCCACCCGUGGGAAGAGAAAGCCCUUGCUAAGUUUGUAGCCCAUCAAGAUGCUCUUGGCCGCCCUGUCCGGAUAAAGUAUCUAGGUUCGAUAGCCUUUAGUCUCGCCCGCCGACGUGCACCCGCGAACCAUCCAUGCAAGCCUCCCGGGAAGAACUGGCCCCAGUCCUUCUACAAACGCCAUCCAGAUCUCAAAGCGAGUAAAGCUGCGGCACUGGACUGGAACCGUUAUAAUAUCUAUGAUAAGGUCAUACAC